GGAGGGAUGGCUGGGGGUACGGGGACAGGGGCAUUCUAGCCUUCUCUGGGCCAAUGAGAGCCAAGGUAUACCAGCUGGUACCUUGGGACCUUCCUCCCUCAACCCCUGACCCUCCUGGCCCCUCACCUCUCUCUUAUUCCUAGCGGGAGGAAAGGUGUAGGUCUGUUUCUCCCUCUAAAGUUUCUGGAAUCCUGGCAGGACCACUGAAUACCCACCACCACCCUCUAAGCAGACUGGUGGCCCCCACCUCUUCUCACAUGUUCCAUCAGCACAGCUGGGAGGAUGCUGGGCUCUGGAAUGGAUCAGCCCACACCCCAGUCCCGGCUCAGGAGGCAGGGCAGCUCUGGUCCUGACCUCUGGAGCAGAGGGGGUGUCAUCGUGAUGAUUGGUGCGAGCAGGUGGUGUGAAGAGCUGUAGAGGAAACCAGGACAGGCCCAUGUGUCCACGCUCUUCAGUGUUAGAGCACCAGUCAGGACACACAGGGCACCCGCUGCACAGGGCAGCUGUGAGUGCUCAGGUCGGCGUGUCCGCUGUGAUGGGGCCAUAGACGAGCAUUUUCCUAGGACUCAGGGACACUUAAGCUGGACCUUCUUAUUCCCACAGCAAGCCAGGAGGUCCCCUGGGUGCUAAGGUGCCUUGACUCUAGCUGCCCCCCGCAGUGCUAUGGAAGGGUCACUGGGACCUAUAACUGAGCUGCUCCGCCUUGAGAUAGGGGGACAGGGAGCCAGUUCUUGUGUCCAGAGGGACUGUUCCCCCCACCCUUCCCCACACUGCAAACUCUGUUUUGGCAAUGUAAUAGGAAUAAAGACUUUCUCCAUGAGCAGGGGCAGCUGGUGCUGGUGUGUUGCUGAUUGAGGUUGAAGGCCCCUUGGCAGUAGCCCAAACAACCCUCUGCCCAGCCCAGCCUGGCCUCUUUGGCUUCUCAGGACCCCAGGGAAGAGGCAAGCCCCAGCAUCAUAAAAUAACAGGAUAUUAAAGCCAGCUGGAAGGGACCAGAGAGACACCUUUCCCACCUGCCAUUUUAGUGACGAAGAUAUACAGUUUGCCUGUGAGAAUCUCUAAUCCCCUACACACUGCAAGUGUUUUCAUAUAAAAAUGAGGUGCCUGAACUCAUAUCUUGAUAAACGGUAAAAUUCUUCUCCUGUCCCCCUUCUGAUCUUGAGCUUUCUUCUCAUCUCCAUUGAAAAUGGCAUGUGAACUGCUUGUUCCAAACCCAGAGGAGCAAGGGUAAUUUAUGUCAGCAGAGCCGUGUCGAAAUUGCUCUGAUCAAAAGGUGACAGCGCUUCGCACCUGGGCGGGCAGUUACAAUGAACAGAAGCAAGGCUCACCUGGUGCCCUGGCCUGGGCAGACUGGAGCCCAGAUGUCCAAAGCAGCUCCCCAGCCAAAAAACCGGUGGCUGCAGCCCCACCUCCAGGAGGUACCCUGGAUAUCAAGGACCCCCAGGUCCAGAAGGCGGCCAUUCACAUCCAGGCCUCAUACCAGGGCCACAGGUCCCGGAAGGAGCUGCACGAGAAGGGGCCGCCGUGAGUGCUGGAGCAGCUGAAGGAUGUGGUGCUGACCGAGGGCAGCACAGCAAAGCUGACCUGCCGCAUUUCGGCUUUCCCGGAUCCAUUCAUCCGCUGGACGGCAAGGACGGCAAGGACGAAGGAUGGCAAGGAGCUGCGCGACGGGCCCAAGUAUCGCUACGUCUUCGAGGACCGAGAUGUAGUCGCACUGGUGGUGCGCAAUGGCGAGCUGGCAGACCUGGACCGGUAGAGCAUCAAUGUAACCAACCCCUUCGGCCAGUGCUCCUAGUCGGCGCGCAUCCUCGUGGAAGUACCGGCGAAGAUUCAGAAGGGACCGGAUAACACUAAGGCGCGCAAAGGCACCACGGUAACGUUGAUUGCCGUGAUCAUGAGCGAGGCUGCGCCCGACGUGGGCUGGACAAAGGACAGGGAGUACAUCGUUGAGGACGAUAAAGUGUUCUUCGAGAUCGGCAGCGCCACCACGACGCUGACUAUCCGCCGGGCCACGCCCGAGGGCGGCAAGUACGAGGUAUACGUGGAGAACAGCCUGGGCAUGGACCAGAGCUUCGCUCGCGUGGACGUGGCCUGAAAGGGCCCCUCAGACCCUUCGCCCUGGCU